CUUGACUUCACUUCCCCUCCCUUCACUUCAUCACUUGCUCUAUAUAAACACCUCAUCAUCAUCACUUCUCCUCAUCCUCCUCCACUGAUCUAAGUGUGCUUUUGAUCAUGAACAGACAGAAAUUGCUGAUCAUCAUCAAAUAAACCCAACUAUAUUACACAAAAAUCCCAUCUCAAAAACAGGAAAAACAUAAAAGCAGAAGAAGGGAAAAAAAUUCAAAAACAGAUAUGAAAAUGGAAGGAAAGAAACCAUAUGUAGCAGUGGUGAUAGUACAUACAAUCUACACAGGGAUGUUCUUGCUUUCAAAAGCUGCAUUGAGUGGUGGGCUGAAUCCAUUUGUGUUUGUCUUCUACAGACAAGCCCUUGCCACCAUCUUUCUUGCUCCUAUUACUUUCUUCCUUGAAUGGUACUUUUUUUUUUCCCCUUCUUCACAUCCAUCUAUCUUUCUCUCUUUACUUAGGAAAACAAAACCAGCUCUCUCCACCAUGACAUUCUUGAAGAUUUUUAUGCUCUCUCUUCUCGGGAUCACCCUGAGCUUGGACAUUAAUAUGGUGGCUUUGGGUCAAACAACUGCAACAUUGGCUGCUGCAACAACUAAUACUCUUCCAGUUAUUACAUUUUUCCUUGCUGUUCUAUUCCGGAUGGAAAAUGUGAAGCUGAAGACAAUAGCUGGAGUCCUAAAGGUGACGGGAAUAAUAUUUUGUUUAGGAGGAGCAGCAGCCAUUGCCUUCUUGAAGGGGCCAUAUUUAAGACUAUUGGUUCACCAUCACCUAUUCAAGAGUCACGUCCCACAAGUUCAGGGCAAUAAUGCUUCUUCAAAUUCCUCAUGGACAAAGGGUGUUUUUUUAAUGCUUCUUUCCAACGUACUUUGGGGCUCAUGGCUUGUUUUACAGGGCUUAGUUUUGAAAAGUUACCCCUCAAAGCUCCUCUCCACAACCCUUCAAUGCUUCCUUAGCACAAUUCAGUCAUUCAUUAUAGCAAUCGCUUUGGUAAGAGAUCCAAAUGAGUGGAAGCUUGGAUGGAACCUUAGACUCCUAUCUGUCGCCUAUUGUGGAAUUGUGGUUACUGGCGUGACAUUUUACAUUCAAGCUUGGAUUAUUGAGAAGAGAGGACCAGUAUUUCUAGCAGUCACAACCCCUCUUAUUCUUGUGUUCACAAUUUGUUCUUCAGCUGUCCUUUUGGGAGAAAUCAUUAGCUUUGGAAGUGUGCUCGGAGGACUGUUGCUUGUUUUGGGGCUUUAUUGUGUGUUGUGGGGAAAGACUAAAGAGCAAAAUGAUGGAGAAAAGAAGACAUUUCCAUCAUCAACAAAUACUGAUGUUGAGACACAGAAAGCAAUUUCUGCUCCAAAGGAGGAAAAUUUACAACCUGGAAGCAACCCCAAAGCACUUUCAUGCGUCUGAAUUUUAUUUACAAUUUUUUUUCUUUAAAAAAAGAAUCAAAUAUAUGUUGGCUUAUUAGGAUCUAGGUUUACUUUACAUAUAAUUCUCGAAUCAAAUAUUUACUUUGUAAUAAAUUACAUAUCAGUGGUUAAUUUAAUUUUCCUCUGAAAUUAAUUUUCGAUUACAGAAAAUUAUAUAAUGAAAUAGAAAUUGUGAUAAUUUAGAUCAGAAUCAGUGGACCUUCAUGAAAUAAUAUUCCUCCAUUCUCUUUUUCUUCCCC